AGGCCACCAAGUACUCAGAUAGCUACUAAAAAUGGCAAUAAAAGUAUUCCAACAUUUCUUGUGCAUUUGCCUCUUCUCAUUAGCCCUUCCUCUCCCCUCUCAUACAAGCCAAUCAAAACCCAAGGCUGAAAAUCUAACAUCCUUCGACUUUAUUAAGCACUUGGAAGGAGGCCGGAAAGGCCAGACGGUAAAAGGCCUCCAACAACUCAAGACAUAUCUUCACGAAUUUGGCUAUAUGAACUACUCCCCUAACCAAACCAGCGCCAACGACGACGAUUUUGACGAUUUCUUGGAAGCCGCAGUCAAAAUGUACCAGCUCAAUUACCAUCUAAAGACUACUGGAACUUUAGAUGCCCAAACGGUGUCCCAAAUGAUGGCCCCUCGAUGUGGGUUCCCUGACAUCAGUAAGGGCACUAACUGGAUGCGAGCAGGCAAAAAUGAGAUCAGUCACACCCAGAACGCUAUCCACACUGUCUCUCAUUUCGCUUUCUUUCCCGGUAACAUGAAAUGGCCCCCAACUCAGUACCAGCUCACUUACGCGUUUGCUCCCGGAACCCGUGCAGACGCCAAAUCCGCCGUGGCUAGAGCAUUCUACACAUGGGCUUCCCAUACUCAAUUUACAUUCUCUCAGAGUCAAGACUUCACAAGUGCAGAUCUUAAAAUCGGGUUCUACCGUGGUGACCAUGGGGAUGGGGCACCAUUCUCUGGGACAAACGGUGUCGUGGCCCAUUCUUUCGCGCCAACUGAUGGGAGGUUUCACUACAACGCAGACUAUUCGUUUUCCGUGAACCCGGUCGCGGGCUCGUUUCAUCUAGAGACUGUGGCCUUGCAUGAAAUUGGACACCUUCUUGGACUUGGACAUAGCACUUUCCGAGAGGCUAUCAUGUACCCAAGCAUUCCUGCUGCAACAACCAAAGGUCUGAAUGCCGAUGAUAUACAAGGAAUUAAGACUUUGUACGAUCUUGAGCCUGUUAGAAUUAGUUCUUUUAAAUUUGUCUUUCAGUGUGAUGUUUGAUGAACUUAAGUUAACUUAUAUUUUAAGAAAGCAAGAGCUGAGAGCAGCCCCUUUUCCUCCCCUGUUUCUUUCGGCUCCUGUGGCUUUUUUUUGGGCAGCCAUAAUUUGCCCAAAA